AUGCAACAUCCAGACUCGCAAGUUAAUGACUUGGAAAUAACUCCAAAUGGUCAAAUGGUUGCAGCAUGUGGAUAUCAGCACAUUCGGAUGUAUGACUUAGCAAGUGCUAAUCCGGACCCUGUAAUGAACUUUGAAGCAAUAACUAAAAAUGUGUCUAGAGUGGGCUUUCAAGAAAAUGGUCAAUGGAUGUAUACAGGAGGUGAAGAUUGCACAGCAAGAAUAUGGGACUUAAGGGCCGGGAGACCAUUCCAGUGUCAGCGAAUUUUUCAAGUACCAGCACCAGUAAAUGCAGUUGUGUUACAUCCAGAUCAAUCUCAGAUUAUGGUUGGCGGUCAAAGUGGAUUUAUUCAUAUAUGGGAUCUCAAGACAGAUCAUAACGAGCAAUUGAUCCCGGAAGCCGAGGCAUCGAUCCAGGACAUCGCGAUAGACCCUGAGGGCAAGAUGAUGGCAGCCGUGAAUAACAAGGGCAACUGCUAUGUAUGGUCCUUGGGUGGUUCCAUGCCUCUGCCCGUACCAAGGAAGCACCUGCAGGCCCACAAGAAAUACGCCCUGCGCUGCAAAUUCAGCCCGGACUCCACGAUGCUGGUGACCACUUCCGGGGACUGUUCGGCGCGUGUGUGGCGCACCAGCGACUGGUCGCUGAUGCGCGAGUUGCGCCACGACACCCAGCGCUGGGUGUGGGACGCCGCCUUCAGCAUCGACUCGCGCUACCUUUUCACCGGUUCAUCGGACAGCUAUGCGAGGCUUUGGGAUAUCGAAAAAGGCACACUCGAGCGUGAGUACUGUGGUCACCAGAAGCCGAUAACAGCUUUAGCAUUCAGAGAUCAAGCUGUG